CCGCCCCGCGCAUCCACAGCCGCGCUGAGACGAGGGGAGAGAGGGGGCGAGAUGGCGUCGUGCGUGGGGAGCCGGACCCUGAGCAAGGACGACGUAAACUACCGCCUGCACUUCCGCAUGAUCAAUGAGCAGCAGGUGGAAGACAUCACGCUAGAGUUCUUCUACCGCCCGCACACCAUCACCCUACUCAGCUUCACCAUCCUCAGCCUCAUGGCCUUCGCCUUCACCAGGGAUGAUUCUGUACCAGAGGAUAAUAUUUGGAGGGGUAUCCUCUCUGUGAUUUUCUUCUUUCUAAUCAUCAGUGUUCUAGCUUUUCCUAAUGGACCCUUUACACGUCCUCACCCUGCUCUAUGGAGGAUGGUUUUUGGUCUCAGUGUGCUCUAUUUUCUGUUCCUGGUGUUCGUGCUCUUCCUCAACUUUGAGCAGGUAAAAGCAGUGAUGUACUGGCUGGACCCUAAUCUUCGAUAUGCCACAAGGGAAGCAGAUAUUAUGGAGUAUGCAGUGAACUGUCAUGUAAUCACCUGGGAGAGAAUCCUCAGCCAUUUUGACAUAUUUGCUUUUGGACAUUUCUGGGGCUGGGCCAUGAAGGCUCUGCUGAUCCGCAGCUAUGGGCUCUGCUGGACUAUCAGCAUCACCUGGGAGCUCACUGAGCUCUUCUUCAUGCACCUUCUGCCUAAUUUUGCUGAAUGCUGGUGGGAUCAAGUCAUUCUGGACAUCCUGCUUUGUAACGGGGGUGGCAUCUGGUUGGGCAUGGUAGUUUGUCGUUUCUUGGAGAUGAGGACCUAUCACUGGGCAAGCUUCAAGGACAUUCACACAACCACAGGGAAGAUCAAAAGAGCUGUGUUACAGUUCACCCCAGCCAGCUGGACCUACGUCCGCUGGUUUGACCCAAAGUCUUCAUUUCAGAGGGUGGCUGGAGUCUACCUUUUCAUGAUUAUUUGGCAGCUAACUGAGUUGAACACAUUCUUUUUGAAACAUAUCUUUGUGUUCCAAGCAAGCCACCCUUUAAGCUGGGGGAGAAUUCUCUUCAUAGGAAUCAUUACAGCACCCACUGUAAGGCAAUACUAUGCUUACCUCACAGACACACAGUGCAAGAGGGUGGGAACUCAGUGCUGGGUGUUUGGGGUAAUUGCCUUCCUUGAAGCUAUUGUGUGCAUCAAGUUUGGACAAGAUCUUUUUUCCAAAACACAAAUACUGUAUGUUGUGUUUUGGCUUCUCUGUGUGGCCUUUACAACUUUUCUGUGUUUAUAUGGAAUGGUUUGGUAUGCAGAGUACUACGGCCACCGAGAAAAGACCUUAUCAGAAAGUGAAGACAGUCCAUACAGUCCAGAUGCUUCCUGGCUUCAUUCUAAAUUCAGCAGAGCAGGUGCUGACAAUAAUCCACCAAAACAUUCAGUCAAUAGUGAAAGCCAUUCAUCUAGAAGGAGGAAUCGACACUCCAAAUCAAAAGUAUCAAAUGGAAUUGGCAAGAAAUAAGAGUGGUAUCUAAAGACAUUCUACAGUGUGACCAGAAGUGACAAAGAAGAUCAGACCUGGCUCUGAAUUACGAAAUGGAAGACCAUUUUUAAAUUAAAGUUUAAAAAAGGAGGUGUUGAAGAGAAGGAUGAUGAAGAUGGAGCCACCAGUGUAGCGCAGAUUGUUGCCUGAUGACACUUGCCAUUCACUGAUAUAAAUUGUUGCCUGAUGACACUUGCCAUUCACUGAUAUAAAUCUAGUUUCUUUAGUAGGUGGCAUCAAAAGUUCAUGAGGGGUAUACUGGAAAAAAAAGUUGUUAUAUCAUAGCAGGUACUCCCUGGUUUGUGUUCAGGUGUUGCAAGGUCAUUUUUAAUAGAUUAGUUGAGGACUUCAACCCAAAGGUUAGUAAACUGAUAGUGAGUUGGUGUAGUUGACUGAAUUUUUUUGUUUGGUUUAUUGUGUUGUUUUCUAGAAGAGUAUGCAACCCUUUGACUAAAAGCAGCUCUGCCUUUCCUUUUCAGUUUCACAACAAAACUUUCCCAUGCAACUGUUAGUAAGUAUUUAAAAAUUUCAUAUUGCUUGCUUUUAUUUAAAGGCUCUUUAGGCCUUAUGUCAGGGUUUAACCAGGAAGGAAAUGGGUCCAGGUUUCUUGUAAAGGAUGUGAAAUUGAUUUUCAAACACAGGGGUUUUUUUUUUUCUACAUUGUCCUCCUGCUUGAGUCAUACAUAUUCAAUUUUUAAAAGUUUUUAAAAUACAUAUAUAAAAAUUGCUUCAUAGUAGAGGGCCAUGCCUCCUGUCCUCAGUGACAAAGGUCAUGUUAUUUCAUUGUUUUUCCUCCUCUACUGUAGUGUGUUUUGCAUUUUCAAGUGUAAAUAUGUCUUUUUUUCAUGUGUGCCACAUUGUGUGCAGUGUUUCUUCCUACUUCCUUCUAUUUGCUUCCAUCCUAGUUGGACCCAGAAAUCAGUUUUCAGACUGAUAUCAGGAACUGCUUUGAAGGCUCAGAUGCCCUGCUUGAGCUUGGUGAUAAGGCAGUUUUUUGCUGAAGCUGCGUUGCUUACUAUCUCCAUAAACAAUUAUUUGUGAAGACUUGCAGUAGUGUUUGGUGUCUGAGAGGCAGCAUGAUGUGAUAGAGCCCAUUGCUUUGGUGUUUCCUGUCAUGCAUCAGAUACUCAAAGCAAAGUCUCUCUCUUCUGUCUUGCAGUUUGGUUUUUUUUUUUUGAGAAGGGUGAUUUACUUUUUGUCUGAGUGUUCUUUUGGGUUUUUUUUAAUAUAUUAAUUGUGACAUCUAGCAAAGUGGAUGAUUCUCCAGCAGUGAAUGUAAUGAUUAAGUCAAGAGGUAAGCAAUCAUGAGCAAUGAGUUUCUGUAUUUAGUUAUCAAAAUGUUUUAGUGCCAAUUAAAUUUUGAGAUUCAAGGCAUUCAGAGGGGUAGGUAGCUUAAGCAAGGAUAAGUGAUACCCAUUAGUUACUUAGUCUUUAUGAGAAAAUAGGAUUUGCUUUUUCUUUGACUAAUGUUACUGUGAUUUGCCACAGGCUAGGUACUAAAGAAAAAAUGCAGCAGAGAUUUUAUGCAAAUGUAUGAUACUGUAAAUAGAAGAAAGUAUCCUGUGUAAUCCAUCAGUUCCUAUGUGCCACAGAUUAUCAAUGUUUUCAAUGCACUUAAGUGUUGCUGCUGAGCUCUUCAGAGGCCUUUAAUUUCCUACCCUGCUUUUCAAUCAAACAUGGAGCUUGGAAAGUGAUGUAGUAGGAGCUGCUGUAUCAUCAUUGCCACAGUGACAUUUAAUGUUACAUGAAAAAAUAUGUUAGGAAGACUUUCAGGCUCUCCUACAACUACUUGGUUUUUAUUCACACUAUAGCAAUUCCAUAUAUUGCCUUUGUAUCUGUAAUGUACUACAUAUUGAUGAAUGUAUUUGUAGAUUUCUUUGUAUACUGAGACAUGUUAUUUCUUUUAUUUCCUUGGUUAAAAACUCAGUCUGUGUAAGACUGAAGAGUGGCAUUGUAAAUUUUCUAUUGAUUCAAUACCAAAGCAAGAGAUUUGAAAUCUAAUGGUUUGGGUAUUUUAAGUACUGUGGAUUUCCAGUGUGAGAGCCUAUUUUGUACUUGCAAGGGGUAUACACACCAACUAUGUAUACAAAGCUUACAUGUGUAAACAGAUGCUGAAGUACAUCAUCUACCUGCCUUGGGGACAAGCACAUGUUGUGCAAAUGUAGGCCUGGUGCUCACAUUGCCGAACUGCACCCUAAAAAUACUCGAAAGAGAAAUAUUGAAGUGUCAUCUUGAUGGAAGCUGACUUCUGUACACUAUUACAACAGCUUUGUUCUGAAAAAAUGUUGUUUGACAACACAUUUAAGUUAUUUCCAAUUAAGUUUUUUUACUUUAAA